AUGAAGCGCAGUCGUCCUAACGAAGCUGGGUGCAGUGUCCGCCCUCCAGGAUGGAGCGAAAAUCAAGACGAUAGUGACGAGGAAGAAAAUAAUUCACUUCCACCUGCAAGAAAAAUAUUGAAGUCAUUGUUAGAAAAUGAAGUCGAAAAAGCAAUUCACAACCUUAAUGACGACACUAUUUCGUUCAACCACGUCAAGAGUCAUCGUGCAGCAUCCCUUAUUCCCGAAUUCGAUCCCGAUGGUGAAGAUUGCACCGUAACUUCGUGGUUAAAGAAGAUUGAUCAAUUAGGAGACAUACAUGGGUGGGACGAGAAAAUCAAAGCUUUUUACCUGCAGGAUAAAUUACGUGGUCAAGCUCGCAAAUGGUACAACAGACUUGAAAACUACGAUUACUCCUGGGCCGAAUGGAAACAUAUGCUGGUACGAGCCUUUCCAAAACAUCGCGACUUUAGCCUACUAUUAAACGAAAUGAUGCAAAGAAAGAAGCUACCAAACGAGACGAUGACCAAAUAUUAUCAAGACAAAAUUGCUAUGUGCUUCCGUUGCCAUUUAUCUGAUAGUGCUAGUGUAUCGUGUAUCAUCAGAGGCUUACCCGUAUACCUACAACCGAAUGCCCGAGCGUUUCAAUGCCAACGUCCUGAUGAGUUAUAUGAAUCUUUCCUCUGUGCUCUUGAUGAUUAUCAUUCUCCCACAUUUGAACCUCGGAUGAUGACCAAAGACACGAAACAAUCGUCGAGUUCGGAUAAAAAAGUCAAUCCUGAAAUUGAUCCUUGCCCCCGUUGUAAGAAGACCGGCCACAUGUUGCGCAACUGUACAUUACCGGAUCAACGUAUUUGUUUUAAAUGUGGUCAACAAGGACACAUCGCCACUCGCUGCUCCGGCACUUCGGCUAGCAACUCCAGACGUUCUAUGGAAUCAAAUGACAACAUUAAAGAGGUUAGAAUGGUGCAAAACUACAACGAAAUCUACAAAAAGGUAGCAAAGGUGAAUGGAAUUUAUAUUAAGUCUUACAUUGACACCGGAAGCCAAGUUAACGUUAUAAAUGUCCAGAUGGUGAGUCUCUUGUCGCUCGAUGUUACACCUACAAGUACACGGCUCAAAAGCUUUUCAGGUGAUUUUUUGACUAGUCGUGGAGUAGUAGAAUUUGAGUUAGAAAUUGAUAAUAUUCACAUACAAUGCACGGCACAUGUGACGGAGGCCGACAUGCAAGAUAUUCACCUACUGAUUGGCCAACCCGUUAUCAAUGCAGAACAUGUAUCGUUAGUAGUCACUAAUGGGAGAGCCACAUUGACUCGGAAAACAGAUGUCUCGCCAGAAUUCGAUGUCGUCGAAGACAAGAAUAAAUUUAUGGUUACUACAUUGAACAAGGAGUCUUUACCGCCUGGUGCCUCCAUCAUUAAGGUUAGGGUGGUCGGUAAUGGAGAUGGGAAUGAAGUUUGCACCACACCACGCCACUACGAACUCCAUGGUGUCUCAUAUUCUCUACCGGCAACGUUGCUUCACGGCGGAGAGGGUUACAUGAAGGUGGUAAACAGUGGUACAGGGGACGUCAACUGGGAAGCGGGCCAGGUUCUAGCGCGUGCCGAGAGCUGUCAUGAAGUAGCCAACCAGCCAACUCGAGUAAGCCAAGCCAAACCAUUAACAAAUUUACUUAAAAUCAUGCCAAAUACGCCCUACUUAGCCAAAAGCUCACCUGAAUCAAAAUCUAUAGCUCCUAUUUUGAAUACAGACGAUCUUUCUAGUUUAAUCAUAGGAGGAGUACCUAUAAGUGAAAUUAGUGUAGGAAAGUUAAAUGAAGUCGAACAUAGUAGUUUGAUACAAUUACUAUUGCGAUUUAAGCACACUUUUGCGGCAAAUACUAGAGAUCUCGGUUGCACAAAACUGUUAGAAAUGAAAAUAAAACUUACGACUCCACAGCCAAUAUAUCGUCAACCUUAUAAGUUAUCGCAUGCUGAGCAGCAAAUUGUCAAUUCUAAAGUUCGUGACCUACUAGAUGCCUCUAUCAUUAAAGAGUCGGAAUCGAGUUACGCUGCUCCAGUUAUUUUAGUUAGGAAAAAGAACGGCGACAGUCGUUUAUGUGUCGACUAUCGUGCCCUCAAUAAUGUCACAGUAAAAGAUGGAUAUCCUCUCCCUAAUAUAGAAGACCAGAUUUCUAAAUUAGCCGGUAAAAAGUAUUUUACAAUUUUAGAUAUGGCACAAAGUUACCAUCAAUUAUUAUUAGCUCCCGAAGACACCCAUAAGACAGCUUUUAUUACUCCUCAGGGUCAUUACGAAUACUUACGUGUUCCUUUUGGAUUAGCGAAUGCACCCUCGGUUUUUAUGCGUCUCGUAAACAAAAUAGUCGAUUCCAUCCGUUAUACGUCAGAUGGCAGCUCCUCGAAUGAGAUUUUAGCAUUCUUAGACGAUUUAUUACUUCCCUCUAUUGAUAUAAACAGUGGCAUAAAAAUGUUAGAAUCAGUAUUGCGAAAGUUCGAAUCUGAAAACUUAAAACUAAAUAUGCAAAAAUGUUCAUUUCUUCAAGACGAAGUCACUUACUUAGGACACGAAAUUACUUCAAAAGGUGUUCAACCCUCAGAUUCAAAAUUAGAUGCCGUUUCAAAGUUCCCUGUGCCUAAAAGCGUUCACGAGCUCGUCCUCUGA